GGUAGACGUUUGGUGUCUUGUCUGUACUCUCCUUAUUGUCUGUUACUGUAGCAAGGUGAGAGGGCACUUAGGGAAUUGAUUGGUGAAUCACAGCUAAACAAAAUGUCUUGGAACCAGAAGAAACGCGGAGGUGGCAACUUUCACAAUCGCUCCUCUGGGCACAAGGGUGGCGGCGGUGGUGCAAGCUGGAGAGCGAGACUUGAGGUUGGACAGCGAGGUUUUCUCUGUACCUGUAACAGCUUUGAAAAGGAGUGCGUCAAGGAAGCCAUGAAUUUGCUCAAUGAGUACGCAGACAAGUUGUUUGGUCCAGACGACUGGCGGAAAAAUGAGUCAGCCCCAAAGACAGACAUUCCUCCUGUGGAUAAUUCCAAGGAGGACGAGGAAGAGGAAGGCAGUGAAGAAGACGUCAGCAAGUCACUGCAGAAGGAAGUGCAAAGCUUAAAGCAGGAGUCCAAAAGGCCCAUUCACUUGCAAAGAUUCCGAGCUGUUGACUCUGGCGCUAAAAAUGUCAUCUUCAUCAGCUCCAAUGUUCCUGAUCCUGUUUUGCUUGGACACACCCUCCUGACUGAUCUCAAGACUUCCAAAGUAGGCAGAAGCAGGUUCCUGCAGAGACUGCUGCCUGUCGAGGUCACUUGCAAAGCCUACUUAGAAGAUAUGACCAGAGCGGCAGGCCCGCUUUUUGACAAGCACUUUGCCAAAGGGAACACCAGCUUCUCAAUUGUUUACAAGUGCAGAAACAACAAAUUGAAUCGAGACGCUGUGAUCAAGGAGCUAGCAGAUCUGGUGUGCCUGAAAAAUGCAUCCAACCAUGCUAACCUGACUCAACCUCAACUGGUGGUGCUGGUGGAAAUUAUCCGCAACGUUUGCUGCAUCUCUGUGCUUUCGGAUUACUACGAAUUGGCCAAGUACAACCUGUUAGAAGUCAUUGCUCCACCCAAAGCUGAGAAACAAGAAUCUCAGACAGAUGGAGCUGAUGGCUCUGUGGAUGAAGAACCUGAGGAAGUGCCUGCCUCUGAAGAAGCAAAUGAUGCUGAUGCUAGUCCUGCAAAGCAGGCGAAAGAGAUGUAAGUUGUAGAAUUGUGACUUACUCAUCGGUUUAGGACAAUGUCAGCUAUUUUGUCAUGAUAUUUUUGUUACUCUGUAAUGAACUCGUUUAAAAUAAAUAAAUAUCCAGAAAGCUUCGUCAGAUUAAAGUAUUCCUACAAUAGUUAAAUGCAGUCAUUAUUCAUCUCUCUUUACAAGAGCUAUAAUUACGCAACACAACAGUGCUGUUUGCAUCAACUACUGACCCGCCUGACUGAUUAGUUCCUAGGCAACAUGUAAUAGCCAUUAUACAUCUAUGGGCCACAUAAUUGACCAGAAACCAGAAUGUAAAAUGAAAGAAAAAGUAGCAUCUGAGCAUUAAUGGCACCUGCAACCUUGAGACUUCGCGGCUCCUCUUCCAAAAAAACCUGGCUCUUUUACUCGCUCCUGAAGUGUGGGAUGGGUGUGGUCUUUUCUAGAAAUCACGGAACGAGUAAUCAAAGCAGGAAAAUUGCUCCAAUUAUACAUCAGACAUUAAGUUUAUUAUCUUUUUGUAAAAAUGCGAUGGUAAAAAAUCCAAUAAAUCAUUUAUCUAUUCAGAAUGGAUAUAGGUAAAUUAGAGGAUGGUUUUUUAAGUUCUUCAAACGCGAGUCUUUCGAUUUUAACGGUAAUAUUCUGGUAAAUUUGAAUUAUGUGUUAAAAGUAAUUGUUGACAUGCAGAAGCACGCGAAGUUGGCAUAAUUUUCAUAUGAAAUUAAAUGCAGCUCCCGCGGUGUAUAGUUAGUUGUUUAAUUUCUGUAUUUCUUCAGAAAUUUCCUGUCCAACUAGUUUCGGCUGCUUAGUUGCAGCCCUAAUUCAUCAGCUUCCUAUUCCAUGUGAGGGCCGAGAUGAAAUGUUUAUACAUAAAUUGGAGCAGCUGAAACUAGUAGAGCAGGGCAUAUCUGUAGAAGUACGGAAAUAUAUUCAGCUCACUAUAUAUAUACACCGGGGAAGCUGCAUUUAAUUUCAACAAAAUAAUUCAAAUUAAAUAUUUCUGAUACAAGUAUGCAUCAAAAUCUGUAAAUAUAGUCAAAUCCUUAUUUUCCUUAAACUGUUUGGAUUUUUUUAAAUUUGUUUUGCUUUUCCAUUAAAAACCAUUAUUUUUGGUUCUAUUUGCAAACGUUUAUGCAUAUCAUGAUUGAUUCUAUUAUUAUGAUAAUUAUCUCUAUGUUCCAUCUGGGGGAGAAAAGGCAGGCCCUAUUAAUUUAGCUAUUUUUUUAUAAAAAGUGAAAUCGCCUGCGAUAAAAAUUAGUUAUGCAUCCCGCUAGACUUGGCUUCGUGGCCGGUUGCAUAGUUAACCACAAGGAAGGAGAAGUGAGCGUAAAUCGAAACAAAUGCGUUUUCCGAUGAGAGACAAAUAAAUUUAUUAAAUUAAACAGUCUACCUCGUUCUAGGUGUCAUGCGAACGAGCGUGCGUUUUUACAAAAAUUGGUGAUGGACUAUUUAGUAAGCGAUCUUGUAGCCGUGCUGCUCAACGGGCUCGGCGGAGUAGGUGAUCUUCUGGCCAGUUGCGUAGGUGACGGGAGCGGGGGCGGCAUAGGCGACGGGGGCAGCAGCGUAGGCAGCGACAGCGG